AUGUGUCCAAGAGUAAAUGACUGUGCACUACAUGGAGUGGCACAGUGGUCCUCUCCUCCUGACAAUGCCAGCCAGCGAGUGGACCUGCCCGGCUGCGCUUUUAUUGGUCCAUUAAAGCCCCCAGCGCUGUUUGGAGAAGCCGGGUCCGCUAGGUACGCGCCUAAUAGCCCGGGCCUACACAUUCUCCCGCGCCACUCUGUUACUGCAGUGUCUUCCCCGCCGGCCUCUAGGCAGUCGUAUCGCACAUUCCUAACACACGCGGCCGCGGGUCAAGUGGCUGCCACUGGCGCUGCCGCUGCCGCUGGCGACGGCUUCAUCUGCCUGCUGCUGCUGCUGCUGCUGCUGCCGCUGCCCGCCGGCUGUGGACGUGAUUUGUGGCUGUCACGGACCAGCGCCCCGCUCCGCCCUGCUCGCAUUGACCGCCGGAUGCUGCCUCUGCUUCUGCCACGUCUCCGCCCACGUGCGCCCGCGCCCUGCUCUCUCAUGUGGAAAGCAUCCCCCGCGUGGUCGGUGUGGAUCCAUCAGUGGACGACCCGGUCAGGAGCGGAGCUGAUCGAGUUAAGCCUCUCCGGGAGACGAGUUAACGAGUUUCCAGCCGGAAGCCGUUCUCCAGGCCGGGCCGCGCUCGUCAAACUACUCUGUGUACAGCCGGGGGCCUGCAGGCCACGGGCCGUCCUAUCGGCGGCACGUCCGUCCAUUCAGAGCGCCUCUGCCGGAGAUGUUAUUAGUGGCCGGAACGUGCCCGCCGCCUCGCAAGAUUUAAUACGGCAGGCCGGCAUUGUUUACCCUGCGGUCCGCGUGGGGCGGGGCGCAGAUAUGGAUGUUUGUUCUGGGCGCCGCGGCCGCGGCGGCGCGCGUCCGCGAGUUAUGGGGCCUCGCCGGACAGUGGCGCUGCACUGCGCGCACGUGCUGCCACCUGCCACCUGCGUCGCUGCGGCAGAAACCACUGGUAUUGGAAGGGUUAAACAACCAGGACGGCCACUAAAGGGGCUGUUCGUUCUGACAGCAUUUCUUCCACCGGGGAAAUUAUCCGGGUUCCUCUACCUUACUUCUUGGUACGAGAAUAAGCGGACGGAAGACAGCUACCUCUGGCCCAGAUAUUUCCCGGACAUCUGUGCGCAUCAUUCCAUUGAUGGAUGCAGCGAUGGAAACUGUGCAGAAAUAGAUUGCCCUGCAGACUCUAUCCUUAGUACAGAUGAAGGGAAUGUGACAUGCCUGUGUGAUCUAGAGAACUGCACACAGCCAACAUGUGAUGGACGAGAAGCACAGCUUCUCCACAAGGCUGCUGGACUUCCUGGAGACUGCUGUGAUGUGUUUGAAUGCCCUGCUACUGAAAGUACAAACUAUCAGUGUUCAUGGAAUAAUGAAUGGAAGAAGAAUGGCACAGUAUGGUCAAAGGAUGAUUGCACUGUCUGCAGAUGUGAAGAUGGUAUUGUUGUUUGCACUGAAAAAGAAGUAUGCCCUGAGAUACCUGCUUCAUGCCCUGAGAAGCACACACCAAAAGGAAAAUGUUGUCCAGUUUGUCUAACUGACACACCUGGCUGUGUUGUUCAUUCAAAGAGCAUGGUCAUGAAAAAUGGAGAAAAAUGGCAAGAGGAUCCAUGCACAACAUGCAUUUGCACUGAUGGGAAGAAAGAAUGUUGGUCUUUUAUGUGUGAAAUAAAAUGCUCAAACCCAAAACAUGUAGAAAAUGAAUGCUGCCCUGUUUGUGAAGAAGGUGAACAUGCCCACAAAGUAUCUCAGUGCCCAACACUUAACUGUUCCCAGUACUGCCCCAAUGGUCUUGAAAGAGAUAAUACCGGAUGUCCCAUAUGCCAGUGCAAACAAGUGAAAGAAGUUGAAACUGAUACUACUCCUUUGCAACCUGAGGAUAAUACUGAAGGUAAAGAAGAAGGUGAGGAACAUGAUUAUGAGGAAGAAGAUGUUGAUGAAGAACAAGAAAUGGAGGAUGAUGAUGAAUUGUAUCCAGUUGAAGAAUUGUCUGAAAAUAUGUGCAAAACACUUUCUGGACAUAUUUUUGAAGAUGGAAUGACGUGGCCUGAUGGGUGUCACCAGUGCUACUGCCAUGCUGGUUUGGAGAUGUGUAAUGUCAUUAAGUGUCCUGUUAUCAAAUGUGAUAAACCCAUCUUCAAUCCACCAGAAGACUGCUGCCCACACUGUCAAGAUAAUGCAGAGGAACAACCACAGCAUCAACCAACUACUGGAUGCUUCUCUGUUGAUGGUUUAUUCCACUUGGAAGGAGAAAUCUGGUCACUGAAUACAUGCACAAGAUGUCUUUGCCACUCUGGUCAGGUUAUGUGCAAAGCUGAAGAGUGCCCACCAACACCAUGUUUGCAGCCUGUCUUUCACAGUGACAGAUGCUGUCCAUCCUGUCCUAAUUUCACAUUACCGUCAGUGGAAGAUAAAGAAGCGUGUGUCACACACAGAAGAGCUCAUGGUGAAUCAUGGAGAGAACACAGUUGCAGCAGCUGUAUCUGCAAUGAUGGAAAGACAGAAUGCUUCUCUGAAAAAUGUCCUGAAACACAAUGUGAGAUAUCAGUAUUGAUUAAAAACCAGUGCUGUCCAGUUUGUCUUGAUAAAGGCAUAUCAAGCAGCUGCGCUGUUGGAAACAUAACAUAUAAAUCUGGAGAGAAGUGGGAUGAAGAUGACUGUAACAAAUGUGAAUGCCUGAAUGGAGAAAGGUUUUGCAUUAGACAGACCUGCUCAGAGAAAUGCCCUAACAUGGUUGCAAGAUCAGACUGCUGUUCUACAUGUGAAGAUCAUGCGUCUGGAAGAGCACCUGCAGAAGGACCAUUAUUUGAUGAGAGAACAUACAGCAUUAUUAUUGGACUACUAUUUUUCCUGGUUGCUGUAAUGGCAUUCUACCUAAUGUGGCAGUGUUACAGAAAGAAGCAAUACAAACUGGGCAGUCUGAAAUCGUGUCCCAGUUCUGCAUAUAAUAAUUAUGUGCACAGAGAUUCUUUUGCACCACCUCGCUACACUAGUGGGGACAGGCAGUCUAAAUGUGAACCUUGUCAUUACAAAUAUGUCCCUACUUAUGACACUACACAGUUUAGUGACUUUGUAAAAUCACCAUCAUUUGGAGCAACAGAAAAGACUGCAUUGGCUCCUGUAUGAAUGACUAAUGACUGAAGUAAAAAAUGAAUCACCUUUUUUGUUUCUACAAAAAAGAAUAAAAGAUAGUUUCACUAUCAAGUGUUAUAGUUCCUCGGUUUCCAUCCACAAAAAGACAUCACUCCAAACACUUCUCAUAAACUGCUUUGAAAGACUUGCAUGCUACAAUCUUUAUAAAACAGCAAGAAGAUUAUGUAAGAGUGGUUUGAGAGUCAAGUGCAUUCUGGGGAAACUGAAAUCUGAUAGAAUAAUACAAGUGAACAAUAUGCAAGACACUAUGUCUUCAGGUUUUACAAGGAAUAUAGUAUUAAAGGUGUAUGAAAGAGCUUGUUUUCUGCUUCCAUUACUGUGUAAAAUCUUCUAUGAAAGUUUGGUUUUACUGUUAAAAAUGUAAGAGGUUAUAACAUGAUUUUUUUCUUGUAUCCAGUAAAGGAAAGUAACUCUGUUACAGUGAUACAAAUGCAAAUUAAAAAGAAAUGAUAUACAUGAGGAUGUUUCCUACUACUUAAAAAUGCUUAAGAGUUAAAGCAAUGUGUGUAAGAAAUUGUCAGCAGUAAGAGAAGAAGUAUUAAGUACUUAUAUGUGUAUUUUUAUGAAGAAAUUAAGGUAAAUUUUAUAGCAUUACAAUAUGAGCAAGUGAUUGUGCUCUCUGAAGAGUUGCUGCAUCCGAGCACUGAACUAUUUUCAAAGAAUUGAAAUGGCACAUAAUGCAACUAAUCUUUAUGAUUACUCAUUUGUCCUUUUGGCAAGUCAUGUGCAGAUUUGAAAAAACAAACACACUGAACUUUUAAUUUACUGGUAAUAAAUUUUGAAAGCAAAAAAUGCAAUUAUUUUCUAAGGAGAGAAAUACACUGGCUAAAAGUUUUAACUCAUAGUUCUACAUUGACUAUAAUGUGGCAAGCUGAAGAAGUAUACUGAGUUUAAUACUGCUUAAAUAGUUAUUACGUAAAAUCAGAUUACAGCUUUCCUACUAAGAAAAAGACUGCUGUUCUAUGUAUCCAGAGUAUGCAUACAAAUACACAUUUGAAGUUUCCUUCAAUGAGUUAUAUUGAUCUCAUACAUUUGUAAUGGCGUUAAUACCUUCAUUUAUGUAAAAUGAAUGUAGAAAAUUUAUGAUGGAUUUCAGAAGAAAUCUCUGUAUGUCAAGCAUAAUUUUUAAUUAUUUUAUUUAAAAUCACAGCUAUACUGUGAACAUUUCUCCAUGACAGUAAGGAUGCCUGUGCUGACAUACAGUGCUCUUCUCUUCAUUUAUAAGGUGUGAAGUUUACUAAAUGAAAUGAAAUGUGACAAAAUUUCAUUAUUUAACAUUCCCUGCUUACUGUCAAUAUUGUGGGCUUCCAGAUGUAUGCCAUCUAUAGCUUAAACUUAAACAUUUUUUCACAGCUGUUGUAUUAUUUGCUGCCAAUGUGUGUAACUUCUGUCACUAAAAUUUUAGCCUACGAGGUCAAAACUAUUCUUCAGUAUAUAUGAAACUGUGAUAUACAUUUAAAGGAAUAGAGUCUCUUAUAUUGACACCAUCUUCACUUGAAAUGUGAAUGUUAGGAAUUCUAAAAAAGUAAUUAUUUGCCAUCAAAUAACAAAUCUAUUGGUAAGAACAAUGUUUAAGAAACAUUUGAAGUGACACUUUUCUCAGACGAAUAGCCUAAUAAAUUGAUUUCAAGAACUAAAUGUUGAGGAACUUAUUGUUUCUUUUUCUGGAAUGAUGCAAUACAGAUGAGGACAUAUGUAUGAUUCAGCACAGACAUUAUAGGAAAUAUCAACUGAAAGUUAUGUUUUUAGUAAUAUGUUGAUGUCGAAAUUUAAUAUUUUUGUAAUGAACUCUACAUAGUAAAAAUAUACAUUUAUAUUGCUACUAUAUGACACUAUCAUGACCAAUAGCUGACACUGAUAUUACUGUAUUUAGUUUCACCAAAGCAUAAUAGCUGAAACUCAGUAUUCUCACAUUUUAUUAUUUAUGCUACUACAGAAAUUUAAUUUCAUAUAAGGUACACAACAUAUUUUAUUACAUAUUAUUUUCACUUGUGCUGCACACUUUAGGUAAAGUGCUUACAUGAACAUAGAUAUGUCUGCUGACUUGGGUGAAAUACUAUGAAAAUCAUUACUCCAGCCUCAAUGUGCCUUUAAGUGAGGCAAUAAAUUUGCAAGUGACAUCUGUUUUGUGUUUUUGUCACUGACUGUUUCGUGUUACAUAUAUUCAGUGUUAAGAAUAAUCUGCGUGAAUAAACAACAUCUACACGUACCACAACCAUGAAUUUCCUCGGAAAAUUUAAAUAAGUCACUUUUGUUUUCUUUCGGUGCAUCAAUGAGUACUUAAAGAUAAUCAUGUAUGAAACACUGUCUUGUCUUAAGAGAGCAAGAUGUACUGUUUGAAACUUUUUAAAUAAAUGUGCACUGGAUUA